GGGUGGGCGAAUUCCCUGCUGCCACGCAAAGGAGCAAGGUGAGGGCCAGCCUGGAACUGAGGAGGACGUACGGCUGGAUGCCGGGAGGAGUGGAGCUCUGAUCAUCUCUCGCUGGAGGCCCCGGUCCUGUCCACCUGCCUUCAGAGGCCCUCCUGUGUGGAAGCUGUGAGGCCACGGUCAGGCCCCCAUGAGGCUGCCGGCUUUCCUGAGUCUGCUGGCCCUGGUGCUGCAGGAAGGGGACCCUCACACGGCUCUGCCUCUGGAUGACUAUGGCCUGAGCCCAGACGACUACGGCGAGGUCCUUGACCUGGGCAACUAUGAGGAGCCCACAGACUACGGGGAGCAGCCCCUCGAGGUUAAGGCGACCAGCCCGGCUCCUCCUCCAACCAGGGGCAGCCCCAUCCAGAGUGCUAAGGCUCUGAGGACACCCUCAUCAAGCCCCACCGUGCCAGGCCCACCAACCAAUCACAGCCUGCCCACCUGCCUGGUGUGUGUGUGCCUGGGGUCCUCCGUGUACUGUGACGACGCCGACCUGGAAAGCAUCCCUCCUCUGCCGAAGACAACCACCUACCUGUAUGCCCGCUUCAACCGCAUCCGCCGCGUGCGGGCCGGGGACUUCCAAGGACUGGCAAAACUGAAGAGGAUUGACCUCUCCAGCAACGUCAUCUCCUACAUCGAGAGCGACGCCCUCCGCGCGCUGCCCGCCCUGCAGGACCUGCUCCUCCCGGAGAACCAGCUGGCAGCCCUGCCCGCGCUGCCCAGCAGCGUCCAGUUGCUGGACGCCCGCCUGAAUCGGCUCCAGAGCUCCGGGAUCCAGCCGGGGGCCUUCAGGGCGCUGGAGAAGCUGCAGUUCCUCUACCUAGCAGACAACCUGCUGGAUUCCGUGCCCGGGCCUCUGCCCCUGAGCCUGCGCUCUCUGCACCUGCAGAACAACGCCAUAGGGACCCUGCGGGGAGACGAGUUCUGCGACGCGGAGGAGCACAGGCACACGCGGCGGCCGCUCGAGGACGUCCGCCUGGACGGCAACCCCGUCAACCUCAGCCUCUUCCCCGACGCCUACUUCUGCCUGCCGCGGCUGCCCACCGGCCGCAUGGUCUAGCCCCGAGCCUUUGUAACCCGCCCGGCACAGCCCUGGAGAGAAAGAGGAGCUCCUAAAACUGGCCCUGGCGCCCCGCGGGGGCCUUCUGUAACCUCUGCUCUUCCGGGACAAGGCUGCCUGUGAGAUUCCGGCUACAGAUCAUCCCGGAGACGACCCCCUGCAGUGCUGACUGAUCCCCCUGGCUCCCUGACUCGCUGGCCAUCGGGGUUCCAACCUUCCUACACGCUCCUGCCUGUUCAACCACCAGAGGGCAGCCUUGUGCAAAGAGAAAUAAAUAAAUAUAGCAAUUACUCA